AUGCAAUACCAACCACACAAAUAUAAAGAAACAAAAACAAAUCGGAGUAUCGCUGAACUCAACUUGCCGGAAACCGCCGUCGAAAUAGUUCAUCGACCACCACAAACAAUCAGAAUGAAUGAGCAUCAUCAUCAGAAUCAGAAUCAGAAAAACAAAUACAGUAUAAUUGUCCCGACGUAUAAUGAACGACUCAACAUCAGUCUCAUUCUUUACCUUAUAUUCAAACACCUUCAAGAUGUUGAUUUUGAAGUUAUUGUUGUGGACGAUGGAAGUCCCGAUGGUACUCAGGAUGUUGUGAAACAACUACAGAAGGUUUAUGGAGAAGAUCGGAUUUUGUUGAGAGCCAGACCUAGGAAGAUGGGUUUAGGAACGGCUUAUGUUCAUGGCAUGAAGCAUGCAUCUGGAAAUUUUGUUGUCAUUAUGGAUGCUGAUCUAUCACACCAUCCAAAAUAUUUGCCAGGCUUCAUUAGAAAACAGUUGGAAACUGGUGCGGAUAUAGUUACAGGGACUCGUUAUGUUAAAGGCGGUGGUGUGCAUGGAUGGAAUCUUAUGCGGAAACUAACAAGCAGGGGAGCUAAUGUUCUUGCACAAACACUUUUAUGGCCUGGUGUCUCAGAUUUGACAGGGUCUUUUCGACUUUAUAGGAAACCAGCGCUUGAGGAUAUCAUUAGUUGCUGCGUUAGUAAGGGAUAUGUCUUUCAAAUGGAGAUGAUAGUACGGGCAUCCAGAAAAGGAUACCAAAUUGAAGAGGUUCCAAUCACGUUUGUUGAUAGAGUAUACGGAAGUUCAAAGCUUGGUGGAUCAGAGAUUGUUGAAUACCUAAAAGGCCUAGUAUAUCUUCUGAUGACAACAUAA